UUUCUAUUUUUUUAAAAGUUAAGCCUUGAUUAUUCAUUCACUCCCAUUCCCAACCCUAAUCUUCAAAUCAAAUUCUCGCUCGCGUAUCUCUCUCUACUUUCAUUCAUACAAUUUUCACUAAACAACUUCGAUUCCAGCCUCUCUCUCAUACAACAUGGCUACUCUCGCUGAUACUUUUCUUGCUGAUCUUGAUGAACUCUCCGAUAACGAAGCUGAAAUUCCAGCUGAUAAUGAUGCCGAUGCGGCGGACAUGGAUGAAGAUGUUGAUGGUGAUCUUGCUGACUUAGAAAACCUUAAUUACGAUGAUUUGGAUAGUGUUUCCAAGUUGCAACAAACUCAGAGAUACGUCGAUGUUAUGCAGAAAGUGGAAGAAGCCCUUAAAAAGGGUUCAGAUGUCUCUCAGGGGUUAGACUUAGAAGAUGAUCCAGAAUACCAAUUAAUUGUGGAGUGCAAUGCGUUGUCAGUUGACAUCGAGAAUGAGAUCGUCAUUAUUCAUAAUUUUAUUCGCGACAAGUAUCGGCUGAAAUUUCCAGAGCUUGAGUCACUAGUACAUCAUCCAAUCGAUUAUGCACGUGUUGUUAAGAAGAUAGGAAAUGAAAUGGAUCUGACCCUUGUUGAUUUAGAAGGGCUUUUACCCUCAGCCAUUAUCAUGGUUGUCUCAGUUACAGCGUCAACUACGACUGGCAAGCCUCUUCCGGAAGAAGUCCUUAGUAAGACAAUUGAGGCUUGUGAUCGAGCCCUUGCUCUUGAUUCAGCUAAGAAGAAAGUUCUUGAUUUUGUAGAAAGUAGAAUGGGUUACAUUGCGCCUAAUGUUUCAGCUAUAGUUGGGAGUGCUGUUGCGGCUAAACUCAUGGGAACGGCUGGUGGCCUAUCAGCUCUUGCAAAGAUGCCUGCCUGUAAUGUUCAGCUUCUAGGAGCCAAGAAAAAAAAUCUCGCCGGGUUCUCCACUGCAACGUCACAAUUUCAUGUCGGUUACAUCGAGCAAACCGAAAUAUUUCAGACUACCCCACCUUCUUUCAGGAUGCGAGCAUGCCGACUCGUGGCUGCAAAGUCUACACUUGCAGCACGUGUAGACUCAAUACGUGGCGACCCAUCUGGGAAAACUGGAAGAUCUCUCAAGGACGAGAUCCAUAAAAAAAUUGAGAAGUGGCAAGAACCCCCUCCUGCUAAACAACCCAAACCACUUCCAGUGCCUGAUUCUGAGCCUAAAAAGAAGAGAGGUGGUCGCAGACUUAGGAAGAUGAAGGAGCGGUAUGCAAUAACGGACAUGAGGAAGUUAGCUAAUAGGAUGCAAUUUGGAAUUCCUGAAGAGAGCUCUUUAGGGGACGGUCUGGGUGAGGGUUAUGGAAUGCUGGGUCAGGCUGGCAGUGGCAAGCUUCGUGUUUCAGCAGGUCAAAGCAAACUUGCUGCAAAAGUUGCUAAGAAAUUCAAGGAAAAGAGUUAUGGUAGCAGUGGUGCUACAUCUGGUUUAACCUCAAGUCUUGCAUUUACUCCAGUGCAGGGGAUUGAGCUCUCAAAUCCACAGGCUCAUGCACACCAACUUGGUAGUGGAACUCAAAGCACCUACUUCUCUGAAACAGGAACGUUUUCAAAGAUCCAGAAGAAUUGAACCAUGCACGAACCAAUCGGAGUUCUUGUUCUGUCCCCUGAAUUGGUGAACAUAUACCAGUAAAUUGUUAAUGCUGGAGGAUAUUACUUGAUAGGUCUAUGGUAGAUUUUUGUAGCAUAGACAUAUAUGCCGUUGAUUAUGUAUGAAACUGGUUUCCUCUUCAGGGAUCCCAGUGGUUGACGUGACGAUCCAUUUGUACAUGACUUUUACAAUGCCUUGAGGUUAUAUUCUUAGUUAUGGAGAAAUGAUAAUCAAUCUAUACCAUUUUCAUGGCAAUGGAGACAAAGUUUCUUUUCUGGGAGGCA